UCGGACCUUCAGUAGCUGACUGGUACCGCUAAGAUGCGGUCAAAAAUUGUGACAUUACUUUGCGCUUUAGCGAGCCUGGGCUCAACCGCCCAGGGCGCUGCGACCACGGUCUCCCCAGGAUGCGGAACAGUACCGGCUGAUAUCGUGUUUCUUCUGGAUUCGUCGGGAAGUGUAGGUUCAUCAAACUUUCAGAAGCAAAAGGACUUUGUUGCGAAAUUCGCCAACUCUUUUGACAUUGGACCAAGGAAUGUCCAAAUCGGCGUCACUACCUUCUCCUCGACGGUCCACAACCAGUUCAAUAUGAACAAGUACAGUUCAAAAGCGCCGCUGGUCCACGCCAUCAACGCGAUCCCGUAUAAUGCCGGAAGUACACAUACUGAUACCGCCAUUGAUUACAUCACAGGACACAGUUUCACUCCCGCGGCCGGAGACAGAGAUCACGUGGCCAAUAUUCUGAUCGUAAUGACUGACGGUCAGUCCAAUAACAAGCCCGCCACUUUAGCCGCCGCUACCAAGCUUCACGCUAAAAACAUCAAGGUUUUUGGAAUCGGUAUCGGUAAUGGUAUCGAUAGGGGAGAGCUCGAACACAUUGCCACGGACAACAAGCACGUUUUUACAGUAUCCAACUUUGAUGCCCUCACCACCUUACAGGCAGAACUCAAGAAAACUGCAUGUGAAAUUGACGGAGCCUGGAGCAGAUGGGGUUUCUGGAGUCCGUGUUCAAAUACCUGUGGAGGAGGCACCCAUUACAGAGAGAGAACCUGCUCAAACCCUCCCCCGGCCAAUGGCGGAAAGGCGUGUACCGGAGCAAACAGGGAAACUGGCACUUGUAACACGAAAGCUUGUCCAACCAUUCCUCCAACAACCACGACACCCAAGCCACGUACUACACACGCUCCUACCACCCCUAUCCCAGGAUGUGGUGUAGUACCAGCUGAUAUCGUUUUCAUCCUCGAUUCCUCUGGCAGUGUCGGAAAUGCUAACUUCCAGAAAAUGUUACAGUUUGUAAGAACAACCUCUCAAGGAUUUGACAUCAGCCCUAACGGAACUGAAGUGUCCGUCGUAACUUUCAGCGACAAGCCACAUUUGGAAUUUCAUCUCAACAAAUAUCACGAUAAGAACUCCGUUUUGAACGCCAUUUCGAACGUCCAUUAUAUAACCGGUGGUACUAACACGGCAGAUGCUAUCAAGUACGCCCGCGAGACCAGUUUCACAUCUGCAAAUGGUGCCAGGCCCAAUUCUGCAAAGAUCGCUAUUGUUAUCACCGACGGCAAGUCCAACAGCGCCGGGGCUACUGCCAACGAGGCAAGUCGUCUGCGUAACGACGGCGUCACUGUUUUCUCAAUAGGUGUUGGCGCAGGACCCAAAACAUCCGAGCUGAAUGCCAUGGCAACUGACCCUGACAAUCAGCACGUGUUUGUCGUUAACAAUUUUGAUGCUCUGACACAAAUCAAGAGUACUCUGCAGCAGAAGGCAUGUGAAGUGAAGGCAACACUUGCUCCCGCUCCACAAGCUCAAGCAGGAUGUGGUGCCAAGGCUGAUGUCGUGUUCCUUUUGGACUCCUCUGGUAGUGUAGGGUCAAGUAAUUUCAACAAGAUGUUACACUUUGUGCAGAAUGUUUCUGACACUUUCGCCAUCGGACCCAAUGAUGUCCAGGUUGGAGUGGACACCUUCUCAACUGGACACAAGACCGAAUUCAACAUGGGAGCACAUUUGACUAAACCAUCUCUGCUCUCGGCUAUCGGCAACAUCAAGUACCACAGCGGCUCUACUCACACCGGACAGGCCAUCAACUACAUGCAUACUACGAGUUUCACAUCAGCAGCAGGACAUCGUCCCAACGUACCUAAAAUUGGAAUUGUUGUUACCGAUGGCAACUCCAACAACCGCCAGUUGACAAUUGCGGAGGCUGCCGCGGCCCGAAAGGAUGGAAUCACAAUGUUUGCUCUUGGUGUUGGUCACGGCAUCAACUCAGCGGAACUUAACGCCAUCGCCAGCGACCCCGAUAGCCAGUAUGCAUUCAGGGCCGAUAACUUCGACGCUCUAUCAUCACUGAAGAAUCUUCUUUCAACCAAAGCAUGUGAAGUUUCAAAGCCACAUCCUAAUGCCACAGCCCCAAAAGAUUGUGGUGCAGGUAGCUGAUAUUAUCUUUAAUUUGGAUUCAUCCGGAAGUGUUGGCAAAGCCAACUUCGACAAGAUGUUGGAAUUCGUAAAAGCAAUGGUGAAAAAUUUCAACAUCGCCAGUGACAAGA